GUCCCAUGAGCGACAGUUGUCAAAAUAAAUGAAAAAAGUGGAUACGACGCUCGUGUAAUAUUGAUUUUAUUUCAUUAAACAUAUUGUUUAUCAAUAUUUUCACGUCUACACCAAGCCACACAAUCAACAAGACAAAAACAGCUAUGGUUCCGAAUAAGCUACUACACGAUGAACAUCACGAAGCCUUCGCAUCCGUUAUACCUUCUAGUAAUCCAUAUUUAAUUUCAAACACAUCCGAAGAUAUGGUUCAAGAUGCGUCUUUCAUCAAUAUCGUCACUUCAACACCGAGCUCAACACCUCUUCCCGAACCUCGCCCGGAAUAUCAACAGACUACUUUCUCUGCUCUGGCCAACGAAUCAGCGACAACAAACAAAGAGUUUAUAUCGAAAAAACGAUUAUUUGAUUGUGAAGACAGUAAGCGAUUGUUCAAGGAAAAUGAUCUGGAUGUACGAUUCGAGUAGCGAUUGUGACGAUUCUGAUUGGAAUUUGGAUAAAGUAUCCGAUACAACAGACGGUAGCGACCAGGAAGGUGAUGCAUCUGAUUUAGCUGACCUUUCUAUUUACGAGUAUUUCCAAAAGUAUCAUACUCUUGAUGAUCUCGGCUCGGAGUAUUGCUUGGAGAAUGCCAAUAACGAAUCCACUGAAGCGUUUCCAACGAAACAAGUUAUCGUUGAAGGAGAGACAGCAACGCUUCCAGAACAUACGGGAAACACUCCGAGGAUCAACAUAAGUAUCCAAGUCGUCGACGAUAUGGUCAAAGAAUGUUUGGAACCAAUCAUUAGCAAGGCCGAAAUGCGAGCAACAAACAGAAGACGAAAGGAAAGAGGCUUGGAAUACACUCGGCCAGAUGGCGUAAUCGUACGAGCGAGAGAACUUAGACCUCCUUUUAAUUGUAAGCGUAAAUGCAGCGAAAAGUAUCCCGACUCCAUCCGCUCAAAGCUUUUAGAACAGUUAUUGAGUGUGAAGCUAUCCGGACAGAACCAGUUCUUGGCCAACCAUAUGGUGGUGUCCAAAACAGCACGAUCGAAGGAAAAUAUUGUAAAUUUUUCAGCAAUUCCAUAAAAAAAGCAGGGUUGAUAGCAGGUCUCUUCGAAGAGACAUUGUCUCUAUUUUAAUGCAAGUCUCUUAAAAGUACCGUUUUGAUUCAUAUUACGGACAGCUUCAAAUUCCGGACA